CACACAUUAGCGUUAUCUAACACUGCAAAACCGCUGUACGUCCAUGACAACACUGCUGCACAAGUGCACACUGCACAGUGUAGGAACUAGGAAGCGUACAACACACAACACGCCACCCAAAACCGCAGAGAUAAAGACAAAAAAUUAUCAUUGACUUGGAAGCAAUGGCUCUCCUACUUGUAUUAAUAUAGGCAUACAACCACGUCGUGUCUGUUUUCUAUGCUGUAAGCCAUGUUAUUUCAGGUUGCCAGUGCCGUAUUGUUGAUAUUUUGCUGAAGCAACUAUCGACAUGGGAAAUUGUCGAUAGAUAGCCAUUUGGAUGCUGAUCGAUUGGUUGUAGGGAUAAUUUGAAAGUGGUUGUAAACACACGUGAAUAGUAUACAAGAUACAAAAAUGACAACAAAGAGGAAGGCUGAUUCUCAAGUUCCAGCAGAGGAGAGUGACUUACUACUGAUACGGCCACUUGGUGCUGGUCAGGAAGUCGGGCGAUCCUGCAUAAUGCUAGAAUUUAAAGGAAAGAAAAUCAUGUUGGACUGUGGUAUUCAUCCUGGUUUAUCUGGAAUGGAUGCUCUGCCAUUUGUUGACCUUGUUGAAGCAGACGAGAUAGAUUUAUUGCUGAUAUCACAUUUUCAUCUAGACCACUGCGGUGCCCUGCCAUGGUUUCUGUUGAAAACAAGUUUCAAAGGACGAUGUUUCAUGACUCAUGCCACAAAAGCUAUUUACAGGUGGCUUCUCUCUGAUUACAUCAAAGUGAGCAAUAUAGCCACAGAACAAAUGUUGUAUACUGAAGCAGAUCUUGAAGCUAGCAUGGAUAAAAUUGAAACAAUAAAUUUCCAUGAAGAAAAGGAUGUAUAUGGAAUAAAAUUUUGGGCCUACAAUGCAGGACAUGUUCUUGGUGCUGCCAUGUUUAUGAUAGAGAUUGCUGGUGUGAAGAUCUUGUACACUGGUGACUUCUCUCGUCAAGAGGAUAGGCAUUUGAUGGCUGCAGAAAUACCCAACAUACAUCCUGAUGUAUUAAUCACGGAAUCGACAUAUGGAACACACAUUCAUGAGAAGAGAGAAGAGCGUGAGGGACGUUUUACGGCACUUGUACAUGACAUUGUGAACAGGGGAGGACGCUGCCUUAUACCAGUGUUCGCACUAGGACGUGCACAGGAGCUGCUUCUCAUUUUAGAUGAAUAUUGGAGUCAGCAUACUGAGCUCCAUGAUAUUCCAAUUUACUAUGCAUCUUCAUUGGCAAAGAAAUGCAUGGCAGUUUACCAAACCUAUGUCAAUGCAAUGAACGAUAAAAUUCGAAGACAGAUUGCUAUCAAUAAUCCUUUUGUGUUUAAACAUAUUUCAAAUUUGAAGGGAAUUGACCAUUUUGAGGAUAUUGGUCCAUGUGUUGUCAUGGCUUCACCUGGUAUGAUGCAGAGUGGGCUAUCAAGAGAACUAUUUGAAUCAUGGUGCACUGAUUCAAAGAAUGGUGUCAUUAUUGCUGGCUAUUGUGUGGAAGGUACCCUGGCUAAAACAAUACUAUCUGAGCCAGAGGAGAUCUCUACAAUGUCUGGACAGAAACUGCCUCUUAAAAUGUCUGUCGAUUACAUUUCAUUCUCUGCUCAUACUGACUAUCAGCAGACCAGUGAAUUUAUCAGGAUUUUGAAGCCACCACAUGUGGUGCUGGUCCAUGGAGAGCAGAAUGAAAUGAGCAGAUUAAAAGCUGCUCUACAGAGAGAAUAUGAAGAUGAUCCCAGUACAAAAAUGGAAAUACACAAUCCUCGAAACACUGUCGCCGUUGAAUUGUACUUCAGAGGGGAGAAAACUGCAAAGGUCAUGGGCACGCUGGCUGUGGAAAAGCCCAAGCCAGGACAUAAAUUAUCAGGCAUUCUAGUCAAAAGAAAUUUUAACUAUCAUAUGUUAGCACCAUGUGAUCUCUCAAAGUAUACAGACAUGAGUAUGAGUCAAGUUAUGCAGCGCCAGAGUGUGCACUACUCUGGGUCCUUGCCUGUCCUCAGGCAUCUUUUAACGCAAACGGCAGGCAAUAUUGAGAUACUAGAGGAGAAGAAGUUCCGCAUAUUUCAGGCUGUGGAACUCACGUUGGAAAACAAGAUAAUUACACUUGAGUGGCUUGCAACUCCAGUUAAUGAUAUGUAUGCUGAUGCUGUUCUUACUGCAGUUUUACAAGCAGAAACCUUGGAAUCCUCGUCAACGUAUUUCCCCCUUCAAGCAAAGAUGGAUAGAAUGCACUUCAAGGAAUGCCUGAUAGAAAUGCUGCAAGAAAUGUUUGGAGAAGAUUCUGUCCCCAAGAUAUUUAAAGGGGAAAAGCUUUAUGUGACAGUUGAUGGAAGGAAAGCUAAUAUAGAUCUUGUAAACUUGGAUGUGGUCUGUGAAGAAGAUGAAACAUUCCAACAGAUCGUCCAGACAGCUGUAACAAAACUGUAUCAAUCUCUGGCGCCUCCCAAGACUGAAAAUAAAACAUAGCUGUUCAUGAAA